AUGCCUGUCUGGAAUAUCAAACACAGUCCGAACACCAUCACGGACCUCGAAAAAGAGCAGCUUGCCCAGUCAAUCACAAAGUACUAUGUCUCCGUCGGCCUACCUGCAUUCUAUGUCCAGGUCCACUUCGUUGAAAGUCCUCCCAAUACUGUCUUCGUCGGCGGCAAGCCUCAUUCCAACUUCGCAGCUAUAUCGAUCUACCAUAUUGCCCGUGCCUUCCCAAACGACGAGAGAAAGCAGCGAUUCAUGACUGCCAUUGACAAGUUUCUCACCCCGUUUUUCCAAUCAAAGGGAAUGGACUGGGAGUAUUUCAUUGCGGAAACAUCGAGAGACUUGUGGAAAAUCAACGGUCUGGUUCCUCCGCCGGGUGGCUCUGAGGGCGAGAAGAAAUGGGUUGAACUGAACAAGGCCGUGGAGUACUAA